AUGAAGAGCAUAGUGAACAUGAGGAGUACAGUGAGCAUGAAGAGCAUACUGAGCAUGAACAGCAAAGUGAGCAUGAAAAGCAUAGUGAGCAUGAAGAACAGUGACCAUAAAGACCUUAGAGAGCAUGAAGAACACAGUGAGCAUGAGGAGUACAGUGAGUAUGAAGAGCACAAUCACAGUGAGCAUGAAGAGCACAGUGAGCAUGAGGAGCACAGUGAGAAUGAAGAGCGCAGUGAGCACGAAGAGCACAGUGAGCAUGAGGAGAACAGUAAGCAUGAAGUGCACAUUGAGCAUGAAAAGGACAGUGAGCAUGAAGAGCACCAGCAUAGUGAGCAUGAGGAGUACAGGAUGCAUGAAGAGUACAGUGAGCAUGAGGAGCAGAGUGAGCAUGAAGAGCAUAGUGAGCAUGAAGAGCACGGUGACAUUGAAGAGCAUAGUGAGCAUAAAGAUUCUAGUGACCAUGAAGAGCAUAAGCACAGUGAGCAUAAAGAGCAAAGUGAGCAUGAGGAACACAGUGAUUAUGAGGAGCACAGUGAGCAUGAGGAGCACAGUAAGCAAGAAGAGCAUAGUGAGCAUGAAGAGUACAAUAACCAGGAAGAGCACAGUGAGCAUGAAGAUGAGCAUGAGGAGCACAGUGAGAAUGAAGAGCGCAGUGAGCACGAAGAGCACAGUGAGCAUGAGGAGAACAGUAAGCAUGAAGUGCACAUUGAGCAUGAAAAGGACAGUGAGCAUGAAGAGCACCGUGAGCAUGACGAGCACAGUGAACAUGAAGAGCACAGUGAACAUGAAGAGCAGAUGAGCAUGAAGACCUUAGUGAGCAUGAUCAGCACAGUGAGCAUGACGAGCAUAGUGAGCGUGAAGAGAAGGGUGACACUGAAGAGCAUAGUGACCAUAAAGUGCACAGUGAGCAUUAAGAGCACAGUGAGCGUGAAGAGCACAGUGAACAUGAAGCACAUAGUGAGCGUGAAGAGCACAAGUGAGCAUGAAGAGCAUAGUGAGCAUGAAGAGCACGGUGACAUUAAAGAGCUUAGUGAGCAUGAAGAUUCUAGUGACCAUGAAGAGCAUAGUGAGCAUGGAGAGUACAGUGAGCAUGAAGAACACAGUGAGCGUGAAGAGAACAGUGCGCAUGAAGAGUACAGUGAGCAUGAAGAGCACAUGAGCAUGAGGAGCACAGUAAGCAAGAAGAGCAUAGUGAGCAUGAAGAGUACAAUGACCAGGAAGAGCACAGUGAGCAUGAAGAGUACAGUGAGCAUUAGGAGCAUAUUGAGCAUGAAGACCACAGUGACAAUGAAGACCAUAUUGAGCAUGAAGAGCGCAGUGAGCUUUAGGAGCAUAGUGAGCAUGAAAAGCAGAGUUAGCAUGAAGAGCAUAGUGAGCAUGAAGAGCACAGUGAGCAAGAAGGGUACAGUGAGCAUGAAGAAUACGCAAAGUGAGCAUGAAAAGCAUAGUGAGCAUGAAGAACACAGUGACGAUAAAGACCUUAGAGAGCAUGAAGAACACAGUGAGCAUGAGGAGUACAGUGAGCAUGAAGAGCACAAGCACAGUGAGCAUGAUGAGCAGAAUGAGCAUGAAGAUCACAGUGAGCAUGAAGAGCACAGUGAGCAUGAGGAGCACAGUGAGAAUGAAGAGCGCAGUGAGCACGAAGAGCACAGUGAGCAUGAGGAGAACAGUAAGCAUGAAGUGCACAUUGAGCAUGAAAAGGACAGUGAGCAUGAAGAGCACAGUGAGCGUGAAGAGCACAGUGAACAUGAAGCACAUAGUGAGCGUGAAGAGCACAAGCACAGUGAGCAUGAAGAGCAUAGUGAGCAUGAGGCGCAGAGUGAGCAUGAAGAGCAUAGUGAGCAUGAAGAGCACGGUGACAUUGAAGAGCUUAGUGAGCAUGAAGAUUCUAGUGACCAUGAAGAGCAUAUGAGCAUGAAGAGCAUAGUUAGCGUGAAGAGCACAGUAAGCAUGAAGAGCACAGUGAGCGUGAGCAGCACAGUGAGCAUGAGGAGCACAGUGAGCGUGAAGAGCAUAGUGACCAUAAAGAGCAUAGUGAUCAUGAAGAGCAUAGUGAGCAUGAAGAGUACAGGAAGAAUGAAGAGUACAGUGAGCAUGAGGAGCAGAGUGAGCAUGAAGAGCAUAGUGACCAUUAAGAGCAUAGUGAUCAUGAAGAGCAUAGUGAGCAUGAGGAGUACAGGAAGCAUGAAGAGUACAGUGAGCAUGAGGAGCAGAGUGAGCAUGAAGAGCAUAGUGAGCAUGAAGAGCACGGUGACAUUGAAGAGCAUAGUGAGCAUAAAGAUUCUAGUGACCAUGAAGAGCAUAAGUGAGCAUGAAGAGCAUAGUGAAGAUGAAGAGCACGGUGACAUUAAAGAGCAUAGUGAGCAUGAAGAUUCUAUUGACCAUGAAGAGCAUAUUGAGCAUGGAGAGUACAGUGAGCAUGAAGAGCACAGUGAGCGUGAAGAGAACAGUGCGCAUGAAGAGUACAGUGAGCAUGAAGAGCACAUGAGCAUGAAGAGCAUAGUUAGCGUGAAGAGCACAGUAAGCAUGAAGAGCACAGUGAGCGUGAGCAGCACAGUGAGCAUGAGGAGCACAGUGAGCGUGAAGAGCAUAGUGACCAUAAAGAGCAUAGUGAUCAUGAAGAGCAUAGUGAGCAUGAAUAGUACAGGAAGAAUGAAGAGUACAGUGAGCAUGAGGAGCAGAGUGAGCAUGAAGAGCAUAGUGACCAUUAAGAGCAUAGUGAUCAUGAAGAGCAUAGUGAGCAUGAGGAGUACAGGAAGCAUGAAGAGUACAGUGAGCAUGAGGAGCAGAGUGAGCAUGAAGAGCAUAGUGAGCAUGAAGAGCACGGUGACCUUGAAGAGCAUAGUGAGCAUAAAGAUUCUAGUGACCAUGAAGAGCAUAGAGCAUAGUGAUCAUGAAGAGCAUAGUGAGCAUGAAGAGUACAGUAAGCAUGGAGGGUACAGUGAGCAUGAGGAGCAGAGUGAGCAUGAAGAGCAUAAGCAUAGUGAGCAUGAAGAGUACAGGAAGCAUGAAAAGUACAGUGAGCAUGAGGAGCAGAGUGAGCAUGAAGAGCAUAGUGAACAUGAAGAGCACGGUGACAUUGAAGAGCAUAGUGAACAUGAAGAUUCUAGUGACCAUGAAGAACAUAGUGAGCAUGGAGAGUACAGUGAGCAUGAAGAGCACAGUGAGCGUGAAGAGAACAGUGCGCAUGAAGAGUACAGUGAGCAUGAAGAGCACAAGCAUAGUGAGCAUGAAGAGUACUGUAAGCAUGAAGAGUACAGUGAGCAUGAGGAGCAGAGUGAGCAUGAAGAGCAUAGUGAACAUGAAGAGCACGGUGACAUUAAAGAGCAUAGUGAGCAUGAAGAUUCUAGUGAACAUGAAGAGUACAGUGAGCAUGGAGAGUACAGUGAGCAUGAAGAGCACAGUGAGCGUGAAGAGAACAGUGCGCAUGAAGAGUACAGUGAGCAUGAAGAGCACAAGCAUGAAGAUUCUAGUGACCAUGAGGAGCAUAGUGAGCAUGGAGAGUACAGUGAGCAUGAAGAGCACAGUGAGCGUGAAGAGAACAGUGCGCAUGAAGAGUACAGUGAGCAUGAAGAGCACAAGCAUAGUGAUCAUGAAGAGCAUAGUGAGCAUGAAGAGUACAGUAAGCAUGAAGAGUACAGUGAGCAUGAGGAGCAGAGUGAGCAUGAAAAGCAUAGUGAACUUGAAGAGCACGGUGACAUUAAAGAGCAUAGUGAGCAUGAAGAUUCUAGUGACCAUGAAGAGCAUAAGCAUAGUGAUCAUGAAGAGUACAGGAAGCAUGAAGAGUACAGUGAGCAUGAGGAGCAGAGUGAGCAUGAAGAGCAUAGUGAGCAUGAAGAGCACGGUGACAUUGAAAAGCAUAGUGAGCAUGAAGAUUCUAGUGACCAUGAAGAGCAUAAGCAUAGUGAUCAUGAAGAGCAUAGUGAGCAUGAAGAGUACAGUAAGCAUGAAGAGUACAGUGAACAUGAGGAGCAGAGUGAGCAUGAAAAGCAUAGUGAACAUGAAGAGCACGGUGAUAUUGAAGAGCAUAGUGAGCAUGAAGAUUCUAGUGACCAUGAAGAGCAUAGUGAGCAUGGAGAGUACAGUGAACAUGAAGAGCACAGUGAGCGUGAAGAGAACAGUGCGCAUGAAGAGUACAGUGAGCAUGAAGAGCACAUGAGCAUGAAGAGCAUAGUUAGCUUGAAGAGCACAGUAAGCAUGAAGAGCAGAGUGAGCAUGAGGAGCACAGUGAGCAUGAGGAGCAAAGUGAGCGUGAUGGGAACAGUGAGCAUGAGGAGUAUAGUGAGCAUGAAGAGCACAAGUGAGCAUGAAGAGCACAGCGAUCAUGAAGAGCACAGGGAGCAUGAAGAGCAUACAAAGCAUGAAGAGUACAUUGAGCAUGAAGAGUACAGUGACCAUGAAGAGCACAGUGAGCAUGAAGACCUUAGUGAUCAUGAGGAUCACAGUGAGCAUGACGAGCAUAGUGAGCGUGAAGAGCACAAUGACAAUGAUGAGCAUAUUGAGCAUAAAGAGCUUGAGCAUGAAGAGCACAGUGAGCAUGAGGAUCACAGUGAGCAUGAGGAGCACAGUGAGCGUGAAGAGCACAGUAAGCAUGAAAAGCACAGUGAGCGUGAGGAGCACAGUGAGCAUGAGGAGCACAGUGAGCGUGAAGAUAAAUGUGAGCAUGAAAAGUACAGUGAUAGUGACCAUGAAGAGCACAGUGAGCAUUAG